AUGCAACGCGACACCUCCUUCUCCACACAAACCGCAAUAUAUGACAAAUCACCCCCCCUACUUUUAACAGGUCAACCACUCGCUCCGUCCAACCCAAGCGUACACCUCAAAUUUAUCCACCAAUACCCCGCUCCAUUUCCGCUUUUCACUGCCACCUUCCUUUUUCCAUUCUUGGUAAACUCACACCACAACACCCAUCACCGUAUCCAGCCGACGCACCCCUCCCAACUGCGUCUGAUUCCCCACCCCCAAAUGUUUGCUUCAUUCCUCGCAGGUGUUUGUCUAUUGCACCAAGCAGAAAAGCCAUCAGUUUCUGCAAAAUUUCUUACCUCAAUAUCACCACCCUCAUUCUCACCGUCACACCAACAACACCUCUUCCUCUUCUUUCUACAACGCUUUCUUUCCUUUCUUUUUCCUUUUAUUCUUCACUCAUCUUUUUUUAUUUCUCUUAUUCUUUGCUUUUUCUCUUCUUUUUAUUUUUCAUUGAUUUCUUCUUUUUUUCUUUUCUUUUUUUCAUUUUCUUCUAUUCUCUUAUUCAGCGUUUGGCUUUUCUUUAAUUCUUUUUCUCUUAUUCAUCAUUUCAUUCUUCUUUGUCUUCACCCAUCCCAACAUCCUCACCUUUCUUCUUCUUUUUCUUCUUCUUCUUUUUCUUCUUCUUCUUUUUCUUCUUUAUUUUUUUUAUCAAUAAAUUCAUUCACAUUUUCUUUCCUUUCUUUCAAAUUGUUCAUUCUGUUGGUUGAUUCCCCGCCGAUACACCGCACAUAUUAUUUGUUGGUGAGGGAGCGGGGGGCGGAGAGGGUUCUCCUUUUAGGUCUGGAUGGAGGGGGUUAUGCUAGAGAGUUUAUUUUAGAUUUGCUAAUAGUCCUUCUUAUUCUUAUACAAUCAAUUCAAAUUGGACUCAAGCCGAAAAACUCGACACUUUCGAGUGGGCCGGGAGGGACAGUGUCAGUCCUUUGCUUUCUCGUUUUCUUUCUUCCUUUCUUUCUUUCUUUCUUUCUUUCUUUCUUUCUUUCUUUCUUUCUUUCUUUCUGA